GUUCAAGCUCAAUUGCUCACAAGCAGCAAGGAGCACGCAGCCCCAUUUCCCUUCUCCUUCCUAACAUAAUCUCCCUCUAUAAAUCCCCAAUCUCCUCCCACUUCCCUUCUUCCCAUUUCCUUCGAAGCACAACAAUGGCUUCCUCCUCCUCCGCAUCCCCAAUAAUUCACCUUCUCCUCGCCCUCCUCUCCCUCCUCUCUCCCGUAUCAAUCUCCACAACCUUCACCAUCACCAACAACUGCGGCUACACCGUCUGGCCAGGCAUCCUCUCCGGCGCGGGCACGCCCCCGGCCUCAACCACCGGCUUCUCCCUCUCCCAAGGCGAAUCUCGCUCCCUCUCCAUGCCGUCUUCCUGGUCCGGCCGUCUCUGGGGCCGCACUCUCUGCUCCACCAACCCCUCCACAUCCCAAUUCUCCUGCGCCACCGGUGACUGCAACUCCGGCACCCUCGCCUGCUCUGGCGGCGCCACCCCACCCGCCACACUUGCCGAGUUCACCCUCGCCGGCAGCGGCGGGUUGGAUUUCUUCGACGUCAGUCUUGUCGACGGCUACAAUCUCCCCAUUCUCAUCGUCCCUAAAAGCUCCGCCGCCGGAAAAUGCAGUGCCACCGGGUGCGCCGUUGAUCUCAACGGGCUCUGCCCGUCGGAGCUUCGAGUCUCCGCCACCGAGGAGGAUGGAAAGAGCGUGGCUUGCCGGAGUGCGUGCGAGGCGUUCGGAAAGCCGGAGUUUUGUUGCAGCGGGGAGUAUGGAAACCCUAACACCUGCAAGCCGUCGUCUUACUCUGAGUUUUUCAAGAAUGCUUGCCCUAGAGCUUACAGUUAUGCCUAUGACGAUGCGAGCUCUACAUUCACCUGCGAGAUGGGAACGGAUUAUGAGAUCAGUUUCUGUCCUACCACAACCAGCAAAAAAGCAGGGGAGAAUAUUCCAAGAGCCGGAGGGAUACCAUUAAUAAAUGACACGAUGGUGUUUAUGGGUGUAGUGGACACGAGUGAAGCCAUUAAAGAACACAUGUGGCCGGCAAUCCCCAUCCUUCUUAUAUUUUGGCUAUCACAUCUACUCCGUCUUUUUUUAAGUAAUUUAGUAUAG